CUGCUCUCUGUCCCCACUUCAGUUCGUUUCCCAUCUCAGACCUAGUUAGACCUCAGUUCUCGAUUUUGUGCUAACUCCCGGCGGUAACCGAAAAAACACACAGGAGAAAAAAACCUCAAAGCUCCAAGAUGUGCGGUGGAUGGGCUUGUUGUUCCUACGGCAUGGCCUGCUGCAAUGGUCCAUUGUCGACAAUGCGCUACACGGGACGAUGCUUCGCCCCAACGCCUUGCGGUGCCUGCGACAAUUGUUCGUCCUGUUGUGGCGGCGGGUGCUGUGGCGGCGGGUGCUGCUGGUAGAGCUGGCUCAGAAUCGAGUGGCUUUGAAUAUUUAUUCUGCCACCCGACACACAAUGACGUUGGGACCUAGGCUGAAACAGGCAGUCUGAGUCCGGUCGUUGUCAUCGCAAUAUCUAACGUUCUUUACCUG